AUCAGCAGAACUCUUCGGGGCUUUUUGGUCAUCAUUUCAAAUUGUGAAAAAUUUGUAUCUUUAUUUGUUGUUUUCAGUUUUACAGAAUUUUUGGAUCCAUUCCAGCGGGUUAUCCAGCCAGAAGAGAUCUGGCUAUAUAAAAAUCCUUUGGUGCAAUCAGACAACGUACCGACACGUCUUAUGUUUGCCAUUUCGUUCCUCACACCACUUGCAGUCAUUUUUGUGGUGAAAAUAAUCCGUCGAACAGACAAGACUGAAAUUAAAGAGGCUUUCUUAGCUGUUUCCUUGGCUCUAGCUCUGAAUGGUGUCUGCACAAAUACUAUUAAAUUAAUAGUGGGAAGACCGCGUCCCGAUUUCUUUUACCGCUGCUUUCCAGAUGGAGUAAUGAACUCUGAAAUGCACUGCACAGGUGAUCCAGAUCUGGUGUCUGAAGGCAGAAAAAGCUUUCCAAGUAUCCACUCUUCCUUUGCUUUUUCAGGUCUUGGUUUUACCACCUUCUACUUGGCUGGGAAGUUGCAUUGCUUCACAGAGAAUGGUCGGGGCAAGAGCUGGAGGCUUUGUGCAGCAAUUCUCCCUCUCUACUGUGCCAUGAUGAUUGCCCUGUCACGUAUGUGUGAUUACAAACAUCACUGGCAAGAUGCUUUCGUUGGAGGGAUCAUUGGCCUCAUUUUUGCUUAUAUUUGCUACAGACAACACUACCCUCCUUUGGGUAAUACAGCUUGUCAUAAAUCUUACGUCAGCCUGCUAGAUCAGAACUCUGUGAAGAAAGAAGAGAGACCUACAGCAGAUAAUGCUACUGGGCUGCCUCUAGAGGGAAUAACUGAAGGUCCCGUAUGA